GCGACCAAGCUUUAGUAGCAAGCAAGCAGUAGCGUCGUUACAAGUUGCAGUAGGAUUGCCAGUAGAUGUUCUGAUUUGGUGUUAUACACGCCUAACAGUAUGAAUAAUGUUUUUGUGUUCCUGUUUUUAUUCAUUACAUUAGUAGAUACUGGAUAUUGUAUGCAAAGGACUAAUUUGCCUGGCACUAGUUACGAUCAUGGCUGAAUCAUGACUGCGGCGUGAUAUGUAAAGACAGAAAUUCGACAACAGUUUAUCUAAGAGCUGAUGGCCCCAAUGACACUUUGCACUAUCUGUGGGAUUUUGAUGGUAAUCCAUCUGUACUGUUAGCACUUACUUCGCGUUCAGCUACUAUGAACAUAAGUUGGAAGGACUUUCUUCUUAAGAGAAAAAACUCUGUAACAUUUACAGAAGAACCUAUUUAUACUUUUGGAGUAGUUUUUAAUAAGAUUAUAGAAUUCAAUGACACAAAUGACACAGCAUUAAUAAAUAUUGCUAAUCUUGUAAAUACCAAUAGUUUACAUCCCAUGUUUUUCCAAUGGGACCGUAAGACUCUAAUACAAAAUAAUGAAUUUGUUACAUUAAAUAUGGAAGGUAGUUCCUAUAACGACAGUAUUAUGAAUAUCAGCAGAAUGGGAAGCAUAAAAGUAUCGCUGAUGGGAUUUUGUUCUCUUGAUCACUCAGAAUUUAUGCCUCACAUGUUACAUACUGAGAAUUCAACACAAGUUGAUAUCAUUCUUGAUCAUUUACAAACUAAUAAAAGUUUCACUAACAGCAGAUUUGCUAUCGAGCUGUUGGUAGUAGGUGAAGGAAAUCCUGAAGUUCCUAUGUUUAUUAAUCCAAAGAAAAGUUUGGACGAUGAACAUACACCUGGUAUAUUUGAUGUUGUUGAAGUCAGAACACCACCUUACAAAAGUAUGGAUAAUUAUGAGACAGAGGGAGCUUACUUACAAUGGAGACCAGUUUCUUACACAACUAUGUCUAGAGAUAUAACAGAUUCUACAGAAACAAUGCAAUACCCACCACUAAAAGUAUCUAAUCACACGAGUACUAUCAUAGAUUCUAUGUUAUACUGUUACUAUGGAGAUAAGGCUGACAAUUUGCUCACUCAACGAAUCAUUGUGUCAUUGGGGAGUAAAGGAGAUGGUUUCUACAAAAGAACGUACUAUUCUACAUGGACGUUCUUGAUUGGGUAUGGUACACCGCCUGAGGAAGAAUUUUCUUAUUUAAUAAUCAUGAUGAUAUCAAUUGGUUUUUGCCUUCCACUAAUGAUUUUGAUAGCAAUAAGCUUAUAUUUGUGUAUUUACAAACUGCCGAAACAAAGUGGCCAGGCAUAUUUGAAUCAGUGAAAAUGUGUAUGUGAAUUGUACAAAAUUUUUAACCGCGUGAUAUUUGAUAGAAAUCCGUGCACGUUUAGUUGCAUUAUGGACAAACCACCGAUAAAUAUGACAAAAAGAAUUUUCCUAUAUUUAUACAUAGCACAUAUAUUUUUUACACACAUUUUCAAAUUGAUAUAAAUCAAUUUGAGGUAUAUAUUAAUGCAAUGCAUAUAGAUUAUUCUGUACAAAUUUAUACAUAGGUCAUUAAUAAACUAGAAAAAAAACAAUUUA